AUGGAUGUUAAAACAGUCUUUCUAAACGGCUAUCUCACAGGGGAUAUAUAUGUUGCACAACCGAAAGGGUUUGAAGACCCGCAACAUCCAGAAUAUGUAUACAAGCUUGAAAAAGCUCUAUACGGGCUAAAACAAGCUCCAAGAGCCUGGUACGAAAGACUUGCACAAUAUUUACUUCAAAAUGAUUACAAACGAGGAGGUUCGGACAAAACCUUGUUCAUAAAACGAUCAGGUAAACACAUAAGCAUUGCACAAGUUUACGUUGAUGAUAUUGUGUUUGGGUCCACACAGACAGGUGAAACGGACAAACUGGUCAAAGUUAUGCAACAAGAGUUCGAAAUGAGUAUGAUCGGAGAGCUGACGUAUUUUCUAGGAUUACAGGUCAAUCAGUCAAAAGAAGGGAUAUUUAUUUCUGAAGCGAAGUAUGCGAAAAAUCUCAUAUCAAAAUUUGGUCUUGAAUCUGCGAAAGAUGCCCGGACACCCGUCUCAACAACUACAAAAUUAUCUAAAGACAAUCAAGGAACUUCCGUUGACUACACAUUGUACAGGAGUAUGAUUGGUAGUUUACUGUACCUAACUGCUAGUAGACCUGACAUCAUGGUAAGUGUUGGUAUGUGUGCACGCUAUCAAGCAGAUCCAAAGGAAUCGCACUUGAAGGCAGUCAAACGUAUUAUAAAAUACGUUAAAGGUAAAAUAAAUUAUGGUAUUUGGUAUUCCACUGAUACUAAUCUCAGUCUUACAGGUUUUAGUGAUGCUGACUGGGCUGGUAACGCCGAACAUAGAAAAAGCACAUCCGGAGGAUGCUUCUUUAUCGGGAAAAAUCUGGUUGCCUGGCUGAGUAAAAAGCAAAAUUCAAUCUCGCUCUGCACUGCAGAAGCUGAGUACAUAGCUGCAGGCAGUUGUUGUACACAGUUGCUUUGGAUGCGUCAAAUGCUGUCCGAUUACGGGUUUGAUUAG